AUGAAUAAGGCAAAAGAUGUUCCAUCGAAGUUGAAGAUUGGAGGGGAUUAUGUUGUACCGGUAUUCUUAGACGGAAAAAAGCCGAAGACUAUCAAGGAAGACAACGGAAUCCGUGUUUCCACAAAUGAGAAGCUGUCGACUCUGAAGCCGGACUUCGUGAAGCCACAUGGAACUAUCACCGCUGCCAAUGCAUCUUAUUUGACUGACGGAGCAUCGGUUGCUCUCAUUAUGACUGAGGAAUACGAUCUCGCCAAUGGAUUCAAACCAAAGGCAUACCUGAGAGACUAUUUGUAUGUUGCACAGGAUACAAAAGAUCAACUCUUGCUUUUCCCAGCCUACGUCAUUCUAAAGCUUCUCGACAAACCUGGACACGGAGUUGGAGCCCUUAGUGAAUCAUAUAAAAAUUUUUAA